CGCUUGAGGGUCUGGAGCAUGCGCGAGGAGGAGCCGGGUAGCCAGGACGUCACUUUCCCGCGACGUCUUUUCCAGAGAUCUCGCACCGGCUUGUGAGGAGGUAGUAGGCCCCAGAAUGUCGCUGGCGGACGAGCUCCUGGCUGACCUGGAGGAGGCGGCCGAGGAGGAGGAGGGCGGGAGCUUUGGGGAGGAGGAGGAGGAGCCGCCCAUCGAAGAUGUGCAGGAGGAGAUGCAGCUGGACCUGUCGGGGGACUCGGUGAAGAGCAUCGCCAAGCUGUGGGACAGCAAGAUGUUUGCCGAGAUCAUGGUGAAGAUUGAAGAGUACGUCAGCAAGCAGGCCAAGGCUUCCGAAGUGACCGGGCCGGUGGAGGCCGCCCCCGAGUACCGGGUGAUCGUGGAUGCCAACAACCUGACUGUGGAGAUUGAGAAUGAGCUGAAUAUCAUUCACAAAUUUAUCCGGGACAAAUACUCAAAGCGCUUCCCAGAACUUGAGUCUCUCGUUCCAAAUGCCUUGGAUUAUAUCCGGACGGUCAAGGAACUCGGCAACAGCCUGGACAAGUGUAAGAACAAUGAGACCUUGCAGCAGAUCCUGACCAACGCCACCAUCAUGGUGGUCAGCGUGACGGCCUCGACUACGCAGGGGCAGCAGCUGUCGGAGGAGGAGCUGGAGCGCCUGGAGGAGGCCUGUGACAUGGCCCUGGAGCUGAACGCCUCCAAGCACCGCAUCUACGAGUACGUGGAGUCUCGGAUGUCCUUCAUCGCGCCCAACCUCUCCCUCAUCAUCGGGGCCUCGGCCGCCGCCAAGAUCAUGGGCGUGGCUGGCGGCCUGACCAACCUCUCCAAGAUGCCGGCCUGCAACAUCAUGCUGCUGGGGGCCCAGCGCAAGACCCUCUCGGGCUUCUCGUCCACCUCGGUGCUCCCGCACACCGGCUACAUCUACCACAGCGACAUCGUGCAGUCGCUGCCCCCGGACCUGCGGCGGAAGGCGGCUCGCUUGGUGGCUGCCAAGUGCACCCUGGCUGCGCGAGUGGACAGUUUCCACGAGAGCCCCGAGGGAAAGGUGGGCUAUGACCUCAAGGAUGAGAUCGAGCGAAAAUUCGACAAGUGGCAGGAGCCGCCCCCCGUGAAGCAGGUGAAGCCGCUGCCCGCUCCACUGGACGGACAGAGGAAGAAGCGCGGUGGCCGCAGGUACCGGAAGAUGAAGGAGCGUCUGGGGCUCACGGAGAUCCGCAAACAGGCCAACCGUAUGAGCUUUGGGGAGAUUGAGGAGGAUGCUUACCAGGAGGACUUGGGCUUCAGCCUGGGCCACUUGGGCAAGUCGGGCAGCGGGCGCGUGCGCCAGACCCAAGUCAACGAAGCCACCAAGGCCCGGAUCUCCAAGACCCUCCAGCGGACCUUGCAGAAGCAGAGUGUGGUCUACGGGGGCAAGUCUACCAUUCGAGACCGGUCCUCAGGGACUGCGUCCAGCGUGGCCUUCACGCCCUUGCAGGGUCUGGAGAUCGUGAACCCGCAGGCCGCCGAGAAGAAGGUGGCUGAGGCCAACCAGAAGUACUUUUCCAGCAUGGCCGAGUUCCUCAAGGUCAAGGGGGAGAAGAGUGGGGUGCUGUCCACGUGAUGGAGCCUCCCCAAGGUCCACUACCCUUUCCCCUUUUAGUUUUCUCUUGCAGUUUUUAAAGAAAAAGUGGAAAACCAAAUAAAAAUGUUUAUUGAAGGGGCUGUAA